GGAGGAUGGGCCAUGCCAUUACCAGUAUGGUCUAGAUCACAAGGUUGUCACAUCAUAAGAUUCCCGUUACAACAAGUGUUAGCUAUUCUUCUGGCAAUGAUGAUUGGUUGGACAGAAUCUGGAAUCAUGACUAGUACCAAUUCUAUUUCGGAUGACCCGAACAGUGAACAGUAUAAAGCAAGAGCAGACUAUGGUAUUGGUACCAUCAAUAAAACACCAUGGUUCUAUGUCCCAUAUCCAGGUCAAUUUGGAUCAAUUGGUUUUGAUGGUGGUGUGUUUGUGGCAUUUGUUACUGCAACACUGACUUCAAUUAUAGACUCGAUAGCCGAUUACUACGCAUGUUCAAAAAUGUCCCAUGUUCCUCCACCACCACUCCAUGCAGUGAAUCGUGGGAUAGCAUUUGAGGGCUUCAUGAGUAUGAUAGCUGGAUUUUUUGGAGCAGGACAUGCUACAACAACAUUUGGUGGAAAUAUUGGUACCAUUGGAAUGACAAAAGUACGUAAGAUACUUUAA